GGGCGCUGAAGUGUGAACUUUGUUCUAGUAGUAAAUGGGCGUGCUUCCACUGUCGGCUCAGCUCACUACUUUGAGUUAUUCUCCAGGAAGAAAGAACAUGGACUCAAGUGUGACAGGACUACACUACAUCUGAGCCACAGGGCUGCUCUUGUAACACCUCAAGGAAUAAGGGAGAUGGAGGAUUUCUGGUCUGGGGCCCUUUGGGUCAUGAAGAUCUGGCUGUACCUCAUCGUCAGCCUCAUCAUGAUCCCAGCCAUGUUUGGCUUCUCUCUGGGCAUUUCUGAGACAUACAUGAGCAUCCUGGUUAAAACCCUAGAGUGGGCCACACUGAAUAUACAGGAAGCAAAAACAGAUGAACAAACACUCAAAGGCUCAGCUUCUAAUGGUCUCAUCCAGAGGGAAGAUGGCUCUAUGGAGAAGGAGUUAGAGGAACUUAGACGCAGUCGCCCUAAACCAUCCGUAGGUGGAGAUUUUACUCUCAGCGACUGUUUCUAUUUCAACCGGCGAGGAAUUGAGAGCAUUGUAGAGGAUGAGGUGACCCAGCGAUUCACUUCAGAGGAGCUGGUUUCCUGGAACCUACUGACUCGCACUAACGACUUCCAGUACAUCAGUCUGAAGCUGACGCUGGUCUACGGCAUCGGCAUCUUUUUGAGAUACUGCAUCCUUGCCCCGCUCAGGAUAGCUCUGGCCUGCAUUGGUCUCACCUGGUUGGUCAUAGGAACAUCUGCAGUGGGAUUACUCCCGAAUUUGAGGAUUAAGUUCUGGCUCAGUGAGCAGGUCCAUGUGAUGUGCUACAGGAUUUGUGCUCGAGGACUAUCUGCCACCAUCAGAUAUCACAACAGGGAAAAUAAACCCCAAAAAGGAGGAAUCUGUGUUGCCAAUCACACCUCUCCCAUCGACAUUGUGAUUCUCUGCAAUGAUAGCUGUUAUGCUAUGGUGGGGCAGGUUCAUGGAGGAUUAAUGGGAGUGAUCCAGAGAGCCAUGGUGAGGUCCUGUCCCCAUGUCUGGUUCGAGAGAGCAGAAAUGAAAGAUCGCCACCUAGUGACCAAAAGGUUGACGGAUCAUGUGAAUGACAAGACAAAGCUUCCCAUAUUGAUAUUCCCAGAGGGAACCUGUGUCAACAACACAUCUGUCAUGAUGUUCAAGAAAGGAAGUUUUGAAAUCGGCGCAACAAUAUACCCAGUAGCCAUUAAGUAUGAUCCAAAAUUUGGCGAUGCUUUCUGGAACAGUUCUAAGUACAGUAUGGUCAGUUACCUGCUAAGGAUGAUGACCAGCUGGGCACUCGUCUGUAACGUGUGGUACUUGCCAGCCAUGCAUCAACAGGAGGGAGAAGAUGCCGUCCAGUUUGCCAACAGAGUAAAGUCGGCCAUCGCCCACCAGGGAGGGCUGGUAGAUCUGCAGUGGGACGGAGGCCUGAAGAGAGCAAAGGUGAAGGAGUCUUUUAAGGAGCAGCAGCAGAAGCAGUACAGUAGCAUGGUGGUGGGAGACGACAGCAGCGGCCACAGUGACUGAGAUCCAGAUCAAGUGCACAGUCAAAAUCUCAGCCCUGUCCUUUGGAGGUUAUACAUUGGAAACCAGCCUCUCUCCUCUACUCAGGCUAGUGUCGAGUGGACUUGAAACACACUGUGAAACCUCAGGUACAACUUCAACGAGGAGAGUCGGAGACAUUCGCAGAAAUCACACGUGCAAUAUUGAAAUUCAUGAGAAACAGACAUGGCAAAAAUGAGAA